AUGCCUAAUUACACUGAAUGGAUUUGGCAUGGGGAGAAGAUUAGGGCCCCUGUACCUAAUAAAGUACCUAUUGUUAAAUCUCUCAAGCCGACUCCGGCUACAAAUAAUGUACCAAUACCCGACGAGUCAAAAACGAUGCAGUCCAUGUUGCAAGAUGUUUUUGGCAUGCAUAAUAUUCGGGCAAACGAUGGUGAGUGUCAAGUGGAAGUGCAAGCCGAAUAUGUACCUAAAGCAAUUGAUGAAGAAAUCGAUGAGAGUGCCAAGAAAUUCUACAGCUUGGUUCAGGAUGCAGACAAGCCACUUCAUGAUAAAACACAAUAUAGCAAACUGUCAACUAUUGUUCAUCUAUACAACUUGAAGUGUGUGGGUGGACUCAGAAAUACGAUUUUCACAUCUUUGCUUGAGUUCAUCAAUGAGAUAGUACCAACAAAUGAGCCAGCUUUGCCUAAAAGUAUGUAUAAGACAAAAAAAUAUUUAAGAGAAUUGGGGCUUGGAUAUGAAAAGAUUCCUGCUUGUCGAAAUCAUUGUAUGUUAUUCUGGAAGGAAAAUGAGAAGUUAGAUACAUGUACAAUGUGUGGAGCAUCAAAGUGGAAGGACGAAAUUACUGAAGAAGAUGGGUCAUCCCGAACAUCGAAGAGACGGCCGGUGAAGGUGUUGCGGUGGUUUCCAUUGGCUUCAAUAUUGCAAAGGUUGUACAUGUCACAACAUGCUGCUUCCCACAUGAGGUGGCACGUUGAUGGACGCACAAAAGAUGAUGUGCUCAAGCAUCCGGCAGACGGUGAAGCUUGGAGAGCAUUUGAUACACUACACCCAAACUUUGCAUUAGACCCACAGAAUGUUAGGCUUGGUCUAGCAUCAGAUGGUUUUAACCCUUUUUGGAACAUGAGCACAAGCCACAGUACUUGGCCUGUCAUGUUGGUUCCAUACAACCUACCUCCUUGGGUGUGCAUGAAACAACCAUAUUUCAUAUUAUCUAUGAUUAUUCCAGGCCUAACUGCACCUGGAAUGAAUAUAGAUGUCUACCUAAAACCUUUAAUAUCAAAGUUACAGGAAUCGUGGAAUGUAGGGGUACAGACAUAUGACAUAUCCAUGAAGAAGUCAUUUGUUAUGUGGACAGCAUUGAUGUGGACAAUAAGUGACUUCCCAGCGUAUGCAGAUUUAUCUGGAUGGAGUACUAGGGAUGAAUUAGCAUGUCCUUGUUGUAUGCAUUCAACGGGGUCAACAUGGUUGACAUACGGGCGUAAAUAUUUUUAUAUGGGGCAUAGGCAAUGGUUGCCUGCCAAUCAUAAGUGGCGACAGAUGGCAAGAACCUUUGACGGUAAACAAGAGCUGGGUGUUGCACCUGUUAUUCCAGAUGGCGGUGAAAUCCUACGACAAUUACAGGAAUUUGAUAUUGUUCAUGAAGACAUAGGAAGGGACAAACGACAAAAAAUUGUGAAACAAGGUCAUGGGGCAAAUGAGAACGUGGUAUGGAAAAAGAAAAGUAUUUUUUCUCAUUACCCUAUUGAAAGGAUAAUUUUUUACGACACAACCUUGAUGUGA